GCAUUCGUCUCUCUCGGCCGAUUGUUACCGAAGUGAGUCGAAAAAAAACCGUUGGACGAGUUGGACGCGGUCCACGGUUAAUACAUAUACAUUUGACUGCAAAUUGUUGUUAAAAAUUAAUUCAACUAACUUUGCAAGUUAGUCUACAGCCGGCGCGUAGUUUCGUAUUUUAGUUUGUGUAUUUAUUCACGUUUUGCAGUUUGUGCGUGUAUCUGUGUAUUUCCCAGUGUACGUUUGUAUCUUUGUGCAUUAAUAAAUUAUUAGUAAAUUAUAAAUAAGCAAUGCUGAAAAGCAAACACGCAAAUACUUGCGAAAAUUAUUAUCGCCAGCUGCAGGCAAGUUAAUUAACAAUAUAAAAAAAAGUAGAAAAACAAAAGUGAAACCAUAAAGCAGGCGCCAAGAAAGUGAAACAAACAAUUGUGUGACAAACUAAAUGAACAACCCACGCGAUUGUUGCGGUUGUCGCGUGUGUGCAACUAAUUAAAAUAACAAACAACGAGAACGAACAACAACAACAACAGGUCACAUAUGAUGGCAGCAUUCUAAUUGGCGAUGUCAUUGCGCAGCAACAAGUCGCAGGAAAGUAGCAACAGCAACAUGGCCUACCAACAGCAGCAGCAACAGUUGCUGGCGCAGCUGCAGCAGCAGCACAAAUUCCAGGCACAGCAGCAACAGCAACAGCAGCAGCAGCAGCAGUUGCAACAACAGCUUGCCAAUGGCAAUGCAGCUGGCUCUAAGUAUGCAACCAGCAAUACGAGUCGCAACAAUCUUGCCACAUUGGUGGCAGCAAUCAAUGGGCACGAUCAAACCGAUGCAUCUCAGAUGCAGUCCGGCUAUCAAUUGUCGCCAGCGGCUGCCUCAAGGGUGGCACAUGCCGCACCUUUGGGUCCGCCCUCUUACAGUGCUGCCACAGCGCAGCCAGCGUUCGCAUACUUCAGUCAGCAACAGCAACAUGCACUUGCCUACCAGCAACAGCAACAGCAGCAACAGCAGCAACAACAUCAGCAGCAGCAACAGCAACAGCAACAAAUGUCGCUGCCACCACCGGAUCUCACGGAUGGCAUUGAUCAUCAUCCGGUUUCAAUGUCACCACCGGAUUCACCGAAUGCCGCCUCCGCUGCCGCUGCCGCUGCUGCCGCCGACCUCGAGCAGCAAUUGUGCGUUGUGGCCAAGAUGCAGAAAUCUGUGACGAUUACAGUGACACCUCAACGCAGCAAUUCCAUGGAUUUUCUCAACUUUGAGGAAAAGCGUCAACUUAUUGCUUCCUCACUGUCCUUGUCCGACAUUCUGCAGAAUAAUGCCGGCAAUGCCAAGGAGGCAAAUACUGUCAAUGCGAAUGGUGCCAAGAAACAAAAUGGCGCCGCCAUACGCACAAAUAGCCUGGGCUCAGGCACCCGCACCCCACCCCUGGAACGCAAAAGCAAAUUGAGUGCUUUGGGCAGAUUUUUCAAGCCCUGGAAAUGGCGCCGAAAAAAGAAGAGCGAAAAAUUUGAAGCUGCCUCCAAAUCCUUGGAGCGCAAGAUUUCUGUACGUGCCAAUCGCGAUGAGUUAGUGCAAAAGGGCAUUUUGCUGCCGGAUAGUCCGCUGGGCAAUAUUCCAGAGCCGGGCGAGGAGUCGUACUACAACAAUAGUGGAGCCACUGCCAAUGGCUCUUUACUCUCAGCCGUCCACAAUAAUUCCAUAAAUCAAGCCAACAAUUCCAUAAAUGCCACCACGUACGGCACUGCCGGCAAUGCACUUAUCAGUCAACAGCAGCAGCAGCAGUCGAUGGGCGGCGGAGGCGUGCCCAAUUCCAUAUCCGUGCAACAGUUCAAUGCUAAUUCCAUGCUCAAUGGCGCCAGCCUCAAUCAACAGCAACAGAAUUCCAUGGCCAAUGGCGGAGGCGGUGGCGGUGGCGGCGAUGGCGCCUCGGACACAUCCUCGCUAAGCGGCGGAGUGCCACAUUCACAGUCAGCGCCCCAACAGCUGGGCGUGGGCCAACAACAACCGCCACCAUUAACACCGCUCGCCCAACAUCAUCAGGCAUUGGCCCAACAGCUGCAACAGCGAUUUGCCAUCAGCAAUAAUAAUGAACCAAGAAAAGACAAGACUGAUGCACAACAACACGGUGGCAAUGGCACAUUAUCAACACCGAAUAUUGAGCAACCGACAUGCCAGGGCUCCAUGUUGCCACCACCCGGUGGUGGCGGUGGAGUUGGUGGCAUGCACCAGCAGCAACAACACAACCAGGCCGAUUCCAACAACAAACAGGAGCGACCCAACACUCUCGGUGGCAGCAACAAGCUGUCGCGGCGAGGUGUCAACAUUUGCUAUCACAACGAGCAUUAUGGCGGCGAUGAUGGCAAAAUGGUGGGUGGACCACCGGGUAGCACACCACCGCCAUAUGCCGGUGGCCAGCGGCCGGGCGUGAUGCUCAGCGAGCUGCCGGAGCCACCGAUACCCGUGUCGGAGAUUGGACCCAUCCCACCGCCGCCAAUGUUCUCCACGCCGAGCCCGACGCUCAUCGCUGGACGACCGCACGGGCCAGGCGCCAUGAAUGAUCAGGAUUAUCAGCAGGACUACGAUUAUGAUGAUCACGAUCCCGACCAGGACGAGCUCGACUCGGAUGAUGAGUAUGCGCCGUAUGGUGGUAACCAUGUUCGCGUUAUGGACACGCAACGCGUCGAGGAAAUUCCAGCCAAAGAGCCAAAACCAAAUGCAGUUCCUCUCAAAUCGGCGCUAAAGAAGAAGGGCCCAACCGUCUCGGCGUCCACGCCCGUUACGCCCACACAGGAGCAUCACAGUGCCGCCCAAGCGGCUGCCAUUUCCAAUAGCAACGGCGGCAUCGGUUCGAUGGCCGCGGCAGCCGCAGCGGCGGCUCAGCAUUCGGCCAGCCAGCGUCCGUUGGUGGUGCGCCAGGAUGCGACGGGCAACAACUAUUCGCUGAAGCCUAUACUACGACCACGGAUUAGAAUAUGCAGGCAGCAAAUGUUCAAUAUUCAGUUGCCAUGCACCGUUGAGAACAAGGAGAACACGAGGCCCUUUGUGAUACGCGAAAGCAGCAGCGAUAGUGAUGAGAGUGAUGGCCAUAUUGUCUAUCGGGAUGAUGAUAAUGAUAACACCAGGCUGGCCAAAUUGGCGCGCAAGGAAUCGCUAUCGUUGAAGCUGCAAUUAAGGCCCGAUAAACAGGAUCUGAUCAAUCGAAAUAUUUUGCAUCAGGUCAACGAUAACGACGUCAAGGAGUCCAAGGAGGCGAUUGGGGCGCGCCUAAUCAGACGACUGUCAAUGCGACCCACCGCCGAGGAGCUGGUGGAGCGCAACAUUCUAAAAACUCAAUCACCCGCCGAGGAGAAGAAACAGAAGGAGGAGAAGAAAUCGUAUUUACUGCGCAAGCUCAGUUUUCGGCCCACCGUCGAGGAGCUUAAGGAGAAGAAGAUCAUACGCUUCAACGAUUAUAUUGAGGUGACGCAGGCGCACGAUUACGAUCGACGGGCGGACAAGCCAUGGACAAGACUGACGCCAAAGGAUAAGGCCGCCAUACGCAAGGAGCUGAACGAGUUCAAGUCCUCCGAAAUGGCAGUCCACGAGGGCAGUCGCCAUCUGACGAGAUUCCAUAGGCCAUGACGAUUGCAAUGGCAGCCACUUUCCAACAAAUUACAACAACAACCCAAACAACAAUUGUAUUUUGUGCAACAUCAAAUUGUCAACAAAUAUCUAAAAGCAAAACAUUAAUAAAAACAAACAUAAAAAAACUAAAAAAAAAAAUCAAAAAAAAAAGAGAAUAAAAUAAGAGAGAUAAACACACAAUAAGAGAAAAGUAAUGCAAAUAACAAUUUUAAAUGGCAUAAAAUAUUUAAAGAAAUAAAGUGAGAAACAUAAUGAAAUGCCGCAUUAAAAGCAUCUUUUAUGAUUUUUGUUAAAUGCGAUUUCCGCUCGGUUUUCUAAUUAUAAGUUAUUUUCUGUACGUAUUUGUGUUUCUAUUUCUAUUUUCUUUUUGUUAAUUGUAUGUAAAUAAAUCAUUUUUUGGAAACCCAACUGAACGCAAAUCAAAAUAUCAAUUCUUGUCUUAUGUAGAUGUAUUAAGUCCAUUUGUUUACUCUUCAGUCAAGGCAAUUAUGUAUUAUAUUAUAUAUCAAUGGAAGUGAAACAAAA